AAGAUCCGCCAACAGAGGCUCCUGAGGGACAGAAAAUGGCGGGCGGGGGCCCUCAGGAAGCUCCGGAGACACAGAGCGCUCUCCAGGAGCCACUCGUUGUGUGAAAAGCAUCAACCUCCACCCCCGAGCCCGCUAACUAUGACAAGAGGAGGUUAUGUUUCACACUAUGUGCAGACUGUCUGUACUUACAGAAGAUAUUUAAAACCAAACAGACUUUUUUGCAAGAUUUUGAUUCCAGUGGAAUCUGUGCUUUAGAUUUUUGUCUCGUCAAUUAACUCCUGAAGCAAUGCCUGUACAAGCUCCACAAUGGACGGAUUUUCUCUCCUGCCCGAUUUGCACACAGACUUUCGACGAAACCAUCCGGAAGCCCAUCAGCUUGGGUUGUGGCCACACUGUCUGCAAGAUGUGCCUCAACAAGCUCCACCGUAAGGCAUGUCCCUUUGACCAGACCACUAUCAACACAGACAUUGAACUCCUUCCUGUGAACUCAGCCUUGCUGCAGCUUGUGGGUGCUCAGGUUCCUGAGCAGCAGCCAAUUACUUUAUGCAGUGGAGCUGAAGACACCAAGCAUUAUGAGGAGGGCAAGAAAUGUGUGGAAGAAUUGGCAUUGUACCUCAAACCACUCAGCAGUGCAAGAGGUGUGGGUCUUAACAGUACUACUCAGAGUGUGCUGAGUCGUCCCAUGCAGAGGAAACUUGUGACAUUAGUCCAUUGCCAGCUGGUGGAGGAGGAAGGGCGGAUCAGAGCCAUGCGUGCAGCACGGUCACUGGGUGAAAGAACAGUCACAGAGCUCAUUCUCCAGCAUCAAAACCCUCAGCAGCUCUCCUCCAACCUCUGGGCUGCAGUGAGAGCCAGAGGGUGCCAGUUCCUUGGGCCAGCAAUGCAAGAAGAGGCUUUAAAGCUGGUUCUGCUGGCUUUAGAAGAUGGAUCUGCUCUGUCACGGAAGGUCUUGGUUCUCUUUGUGGUGCAGAGACUGGAGCCACGAUUCCCUCAGGCCUCCAAAACUAGCAUUGGGCAUGUUGUCCAGCUCCUUUACAGGGCCUCGUGCUUCAAGGUGACCAAGCGAGAUGAGGACUCCUCCCUGAUGCAACUGAAGGAGGAAUUUCGGACUUACGAAGCUCUGAGAAGGGAGCAUGACUCGCAGAUAGUUCAAAUAGCCAUGGAAGCAGGUUUGCGCAUUGCACCAGACCAGUGGUCCUCGCUGUUGUAUGGAGACCAGUCUCACAAAUCCCACAUGCAGAGUAUCAUUGACAAGUUGCAGACCCCAGCCUCGUUUGCACAGAGUGUUCAGGAAUUAACUAUUGCUCUUCAGAGGACUGGAGAUCCAGCUAACUUGAAUCGUCUUAGACCUCACCUUGAGCUCCUAGCAAAUAUUGAUCCCAGUCCAGAUGCUCCACCUCCAACAUGGGAACAACUGGAAAAUGGACUAGUUGCUGUGAGGACUGUGGUUCAUGGCUUAGUUGAUUAUAUCCAAAAUCACAGCAAAAAAGGAACAGAUCAACAACAGCCCCCUCAGCACAGCAAGUACAAGACAUACAUGUGCCGAGACAUGAAGCAGAGAGGAGGAUGUCCCCGGGGGGCCAGCUGCACCUUCGCACACUCACAGGAGGAGCUGGAAAAAUUCCGUAAAAUGAACAAGCGUCUCGUUCCCAGAAGACCCCUUAGUGCCUCCCUGGGCCAGCUGAAUGAGGUGGGCCUGCCUUCAGGAGCUAUCCUCUCAGAGGAAGGGGGAGUGGACUUGCCCAAUAGGAAAACUUCUGCUCUGCCAAAUGGAAUUGUGUCAACAGGCAGCACAGUGACACAACUCAUUUCUCGAGGCACUGACUCCGGUUAUGAAACUGCCCUGAAGCCGGGGAAGAUGGACCAUCUGAGCAGCAGUGCCCCUGGAUCCCCUCCUGACUUGCUGGAAUCUGUUCCCAAGAGCUCUAUUUCUGCCUUGCCAGUGAACCCUCAUCCUGUGCCUGCUCGGGUGCCAGCAGAUCUGCCCUCAGUGUCUGUCACCAAGCAAUUGCAGAUGGUACCACGAGGGUCUCAGCUGUACAAUGCACAACAAGCAGAUAUGUUUUAUCAAGACCCCAGAGGGGCUGCCCCAUCGUUUGAGCCGGCACCCUACCAACAAGGAGUGUACUACCCGACUCAGUCCAUGUCUCGCUUUGUGCGCCCUCCUCCGUCGGCGGCCGAGGCGGGCGCGCCGUACCUGGAGCACUACGGGCCGUACCUGCCGGAGCGCGUGGUGAGCCCGCAGUACCCGCAGCCGCAGGGGUACCCGGCCCUGGCACAGCCCAUCUACCCCCCGCACUACGACAGCCGCCGCGUCUACCCGCCCGUGCAGCCCUACCAGCGCGACGACGUGGUGCGGGGCAGCCCCGUGCCCAUCGACAUCCCGCAGGCGGCCGUGCCCCUCUACGUACCCGAGAGCAGAGACAGAUACCAGCAAACAGAGGCUUACUGCCCGGUGGCUCCACACCUCGGUCAGAUCAGACCUUCGUGCCACAGGCCUCAUCCCAGCCUGGAUGAACUUCACCGACGAAGGAAAGAGAUCAUGGCCCAGCUGGAAGAGAGGAAGGUGAUUUCUCCACCUCCUUUUGCACCAUCACCAACCUUGCCUCAUCCUUUUCACUCAGAGGAGUACUUGGAUGAAGACCUGAAGGUAGCUGGGAAAUACAAAGGAAAUGACUACAGCCAGUACUCUCCCUGGUCCUGUGACACCAUCGGCUCCUACAUUGGAACCAAAGAUGCAAAACCCAAAGAUGUUGUGGCAGCAAGGAGUGUGGAGAUGGCGAACGUGGACAGUAAAGCCAUGCGUGAGCAGCGACUGGACAUGCAGCGACGAGCGGCCGAGACAGGGGACGAUGACCUCAUUCCGUUUGGAGACCGACCAACUGUGUCACGAUUUGGGGCCAUCUCUCGUACUUCCAAAGCCAUGUACCAGAACUCUGGGCCCAUGCAGGCCAUGGCGGUUCAGGGGGCUGCCACCAAAUCCAUCAUUUCAGACUACAGUCCUUACGAAACCCACGGUGGCUGGGGAGGCUCUCCAUAUUCUCCUCAUCAAAAUAUACCUUCUCAGGGACGUUUCAAUGACAGGGAGAGACUGUCCAUGUCGGAUGUGGCUGGUCAUGGGAAGCAGUUGCCCUCAGCUGAACGAGAGCAGCAGCUGCGCAUGGAGCUGCAGCAGGUUGACCAUCAGAUCAGCCAGCAGACACAAAUGCGGGGACUGGAGGCUGUUAGUAACAGGCUGCUGUUGCAGAGAGAGGCGACUACCCUGGCAGGCCAACCACAGCCCCCACCCCCACCUCCCAAGUGGCCUGGGAUGAUCUCAAGUGAACAGCUGAGCUUGGAGCUACACCAGGUGGAAAGGGAAAUUGGGAAGAGAACCCGUGAGCUGAGCAUGGAGAGCCAGUCUUCACUGGAUAUGAAAAACAAGCUGGGCGCCACUAAACAGACAGAAAAUGGGCAAUUAGAACCACAAAACAAGGUUCCAGCUGAGGACCUUACACUGACAUUCAGCAGUGAUGUUCCAAAUGGAUCAGCUUUGACCCAAGAGAACAUUGGCCUCCUGUCAAACAAUAUGGCAUCUCUCAGCCUGUCAGAGGAGCCCGAGGGAGGAGGAGACGGCCAUGACUCCCAGCGAGCGGGAGUGACACCCACAUCUGCUCCAUGAAGCGAGGCCAGCACACCCUGGAGUUCCUUCUGCUGGGGUGUCGGCAGCUUCCAUCUUACGUUUUUUUCCAGGGAUGAUUGGAGAAACCCAGGAGCAGCAGCAGUAGCAGAGCAGCAGGUCCAGAGGCAAUGUGCACAAACACAACUACUAGAAACAAAUCCUGCACAUAGUUCACAUUAACGCAUUUUUUAAUUAAAAAAAUGAAAAUUAGCAGUAUCUGCAAGCAAUUCAAAUUAAAUUUGUUUUUGUUCUGUGAAUGAACUUUAUUUUAAUAACUUUGGACGCCUUGAAUCCCAGGGCUUAAAAAAAAAGAUAUUAUAUAUAUACUCUGUUUGAUUAAUUGUAUGAUCUUAAUGAAGUAGGUUUUUUCUUUUAUUUUGGUAUUAUUACAUACCCAGUGCAUAAUUCCUUAUUACCUUACUAAAACGAUUUGGCCACUUCCUUGUAUGGUUUAAGGGUAAACAAGGAAUGAGGGUUGGAGAGUAGCUGUGAAUUGCAGUGUCAAAAGAUGUGCAGCAAACUUCAUGCUAACGCAGUUCCUCCCACAACAAGAGACAGAGUCUUUGCAAAAGUGUGGUCCUUUUUAAAAGCUGGCAUUAAGAUUUGUGUAUGUUAGAAUCUGACACCUGAAUAUCAACCUGCAUUUUGUCAGAGCUGCAGUGAAUCCACCCUGAAUUCCUGUUUCAUGGGGGAAGAAUUGCACCAAAGUAACCACUGAAGGUGCAGCACAGAUCUUGCCAGCAGUACUGAGAAGCAAAUUUUGCCUGAUAGAUCUAAUACUUCUCUAAGUUGAUGCUUUGUAGACUGAGAAGCUGUGUCUAUUGAUUUUUUUUUUUUAAUUUUUAUUUUUAAAUUAAAGAUUUUGUUCUUGCUGCACAUUUUUUUUACUUUUUUUGGCAUACGCUGAGGUAAGAUCCUGGAUAUGAAGACCUCUUGAGAGUGAUUUUUCGAAUGCUACUCCCUCUCUACCUUCUUGGCCUGUUCUCAUUUUUUCUUUCUGGGUUCGACUACUAAGUGGGAAAGCACUGGUUAUGUAAUAAAUUGCUGCAUUGCUUUGGUUGGGUAAAGCAAGAGUUAAUAAAUUUUCUUGGGUUUUAGUUUUUUUUUUCCUUAACCUUAACUCCUGCUGAGGUUAUAGCAACCUUGGGCUAAGCUUUGCAUUCAUCAUACUGUUAAAUAAAACAAAAGGGGGGUGGGAGGGGAUACAGUCUCACUAUUGCCUACCAGUAGGAGAGUCCAAACAGAAGACUCUUUUGAGUAGCAAUUAUUUAAUUUGCCCAGUCAAGGCACCGCAUUUAUAUACUAUUUCACAUUGAAUUUGAUUAUGCCCUACAGACCUGGCUGGUCAAGGAUUUGAUACACAUAUUGGCUUGGGAUUCGAGCUUUCUUUUUUAUUUAAAUAAAAAUUUAUAUAUAAAUAUAUAUAUACAUAUAUACAUAGUUAUAUCUGUAUAUAUAUUGGGUAUGUUUUAAGAAUUUUUUCGCAUGAGCGCAGCUGUUGUGAUCAAAUGUCUGGGAGGUAGAAGCACUGAAUGAAAAUAAAAGCAUUUUUCACCACACCCCCCACACUUUCCAUGUGUCUUAACACGGGUUUAUUUUGCUCUUAGUUGAACUUUGGCCUCUUAAUUGCCUGGAGUAGUUUGAAGCUUGCUUUUUCCUAAUGCCUCUUUUAACUUUUGGCAAAGAAUCAACUUUGCACUGAAACAGCUUCAUCUCCCCUUGCCCUAUUGAUCUGUAUCUCCUACUUGAAGCCAAGCAUUCCAGCCACUCCCUUGGAGCUGAGCAGAACUGGGGUGAUGCAGUUCCCACAGCCCAUCAGGUCUGUUCCUCCCUUCUCUGCUCUGGGCAUGAGGAGGAUGAAGGUCUUUUCCUGGCUGCCUGCUCCCAAGUCACCUGAUACAGGCCCUGGGCCCUUGCAUCCUUCGGUGCAGAGCACCACCCUCAGGUCAGCCUCUUCAUUUUAAUUAGUUUGCUCCUUCCUGCUGUUUUUAUUAGCACAGGGAGCUCAUCUUAGUCAAGAUAACUAGUGCAAUAUUCUAAUCUAGGAGGACAAGCCCAGAAUGUGCCUUUUUUUGACUAGUAAUUGUGGAUGUGAAAUUAAUUUUCAAAGGUGGUUAUAAUAGGUUGGACACUGCAGAUUCAUUUGUAAUACUAGGAUGAAAAUCUGGAGGGGCAAAACCUCUUUACCUUUUAUUUUCUAGUUCCCUCACCAGAUUAGGGAUUAUUCUUUUCUACACAUUUUCUCCUGGAGUUCUUCAGUAAGCACUAUUUAGAUUGCUGGCCUGCAUAUAAUGAAUGCUUCCAAGAACUGUGGAUUAGAAGGAAGACCUUACUGGGUUUUUUUUUUCCUUCGUCCAGCUCUCUGUACUUUGUGCUUAAUGUCCUUGUUGUGAUCAAUGUGUCCAGGUGAAUGCCCUGUUUGCCCAGAAUUAUAGUUUGGCUUGUUAAAUAGUUUGUUUAAUAUCUACUAACAGUAUUGAUUUUUGACUUUGUUUCAUCCCCUCUUCCUCUUACCCUUUUUCUGCUUUUUUUUGCAGAAGUUUAGUUGAUUAAACAAAUCCAACAGCAAAAUGCAGUGCAUGUUUUUAAGUUUUUUCUGGAGACUGCACCUAAAAUGUUCUGGUUUUGUGGAAAAACUGGGAGACUGUGAGGGACAGAUAGCUCUGUAUGUAGUGGCAGCAUUGAUGUUUGCAGCUAACAAGCAUGAAAAUGUCUGGAGUGACUCUGUCUUGCUACACUCAUUCCUGUAGCCCAUCAUUGUCCCAGUCAUACAGGAAUUUUGGCCAACUCAGUGAAAUUGUUCUUGGCUACCGAGUGGUUUAGUUCCUUCUGUUGGGCAAGAGGAAGCAGUGUUACCAUGGUGUCAGGGCACUGCUGCAUCCUUUGGUAGGUAGGUUAAAUUUUCUGCUGCACCAGACAACUGUGAGCCCUCAUCGAUAUCUGGGUUUCAGCCAGAUGGACAGCAUGGACAAACCUUCAGAAUAGGAAGCUUCAAGUGGUAGGUUAAGCUUCAGUGUGUCAGUGAUUCAGUCAGUAUAUGAUGUCUGUUCAUUCUGUGGUGUUAUUUCCCUCCUUCUGUCAACGUCUCACCUGUCUGUCCUGUGACCUAGUUCUUUUUUCCUAAUAGGAGAAGUUUAAAGUUUUUCUUCUACGCUUCUUGCAUGCUGUCCCAUUUCAGAGUAGGACUUCUUUUCUGUAGGUCAGAGCACCUUUCAAGCUAGCAGCACUUUUAUCCCUGUUCUUCUCGAGUUCUUCUCUGUGUAGUUUUUUCUGAGCCGUCUUUUCCCUUUUUGUGUCUUUUUCUCCUGUGGCUUGCCCAUCCACCCUCCCUGAUUGUGUAACAGUGACAGCUUGCUGCCUCAAAACAGAGCAUUCAAAUGAAUUCGCUUAGCCAAUAACUUCUGUGAAGUUGCCUUUUCUAAUGGUGUUAUUACUCAGUGAUGCACAAAUGUGAUAUUGCCCCUACUGGUAGGCAAACAGGGGAUCUGUAUAAACAUGGUAAACUGCUGUUUUUCUUUAAAGGAGAGCCAAAGACUUGUGCUUUACACGUUUUUUCCCCCUGGUGUAGCCAUUUUGAUUGUCAGACAUUUGUGUAGGGUAUUGUGAGUUGACUGUAUUAUCCUAAUAACAAUUUCCAGAAGUUAAUGAUUGUCAAGCCUUUCCCAUGCAUUGAAUUGUGGAAAAUAAUUCCAUUAAGUAAUAUGAUUUGCAGUGUACUGAGAUGUAUCUGAGGUGUUGUGAUGUGUUUUCAGUCUUCCAUGCACUCUCAGCUGUCUGAAUGGCUCAUUUAGAGAGGGAGAAGGAACAUAGAAAUGUUAUAAUCCGAGAAGCCUUGUUUUUAAGUGUUUCUAAAUUAAAUACUGAUUGAAAAUUUCUUCAGUUACAGUAAAAGGUAAAUCUGUGUUACAAAUGUGACUGACUUUUAAAUCCACUGGGAUGGAAAAGAAUUGUGAAACACUAGUGUUGCAUUAAAUUAGAUGUGGAAGAACCAAACUUGUGAUGAUAUUGUCUCUUGGCAGCAUGGACUGAGUAAGGUGGGGCAAAUUUUGUAUUAGAAAGGGCCAGAAGUGAGGUUUUUAUUCAUAAUACAAGAAAGCUGAUGGCAUUCCCCUUCCUUGAGCUAUUCAAGCUCUCACAGACUUAUUACUAAAGUUUUUAGGUUCAAAGAGAAAUAUCUUAAAAGUCCAAGUAGCAUAAAUCCUCGUUUCCAUUGCCGUUUAUAAUUUUUGGACUAUAACAAAGCAGACUUACAGGACAAUCCUCUGAAAGACCCUCACUGUAAAGUUUCUUUCCUGGACUGGCUCUUUUCAGACCUGCUUUUAUGGUCCAAGAAUUGUCAUGCCAGUGUUCAGGAGGCUCAACAGCAGGAGCUCCAGCUACCUUCUCUGCUCAAAAAUGGGAGAAAAGACCCAAACAUGCAGUGUGCAAGUUUUUGUGCUUGUCUGUGUGUGUAUGGAGAAGUGUUUUUGGUCCUAGGAUAGAUAGAAGGAACACAGAGCAGUGCUGCUAGGGUAUGAUGUCACUUUUAUAUUUAAGUAUUGUCAGCAUUCACUUCCCAAAACAGCCUUCCAUUCCUGCCUCCUAAUCCUUGCUGAUUUAAGAGCAACCCAAAAAAAGUUAGCAUGUCAGCAACUUAAUUUCUUGUAUCACAAUAAAUCAAUGCCCCUGGGGGAAAAAAUGAGCAAGAGUCCUUGAGUUGCCUACAUGGUGAUGAAGUUAUGAACUGGGAAAGCACUCACCUUGCUUGAGUAAGUGUAAACUGAAUUUCUGAGGAAAAUGAAGCAGCUCUUCUAAGCCACCUUUUGUGUACAGCUAUGGUGCCAAGAGAUGGGUGGUUAUUACUUGUGGUAAAUCAGCAUACAGAUUAUUAUGUGACACAAAUUGAUUUGUUCUCAAUUCAAAUAGACUCUUAAAAUGUCAAAAACUUCAUUGGGAAUUUUCCUUUCCAUAGUCACUGUUACCAACUGCAUUAUUUUCUGUUGGAAUGUCAGGGGUUGGCAGAGACUAGAGUUAACUUAAUUCUAGUUAUACAACAUAAGAAAGGGAUUUGGGGAAAUGUUAUCCCAGCACAGUGUCCUUCUAGAGUUAACAUGUGGCCUUUAUUCUUCUUUAGGAAGAAGAAUGUAACUGCUUAGUGUUGUUACAGUCUUUGAAGUACUUCUUGUGAUGCAAGUAGAGCCUUGGUUAGCAGAGAAAGCAGAACAAACUUAGCAUUUAUUUUCUUUAUAAUUUUAUUUCCUAUUGGCAAGUGUAAUAUUAUGCCAUGGGAAUUGUGGCAAGCAAAGAGGCUGCAGCUUUUUCUGAAAUUUCCCAAUAUAAAGAAUGCAUUGCCAUGUGGAUUUGUCUGCAUCAGGAACAUCAGUCAUUUGAUGCUUAAAAUGUGUAACCAUAAUAAUCAAAAUUGGAUGCCUGUAGCUUAGUGACAUGGGUAAUUAACUGAUCUUUCCCAGGCAAUCUUUGCAAUCCCAGUGAAUCUGUGUACGAUUUUUAGUGCUAAUUGCAAGAUGUUCAGUGGUUGGGAAGGUUUAGGUGCCUCACUUCUUCCAGCAAGGCAGCUUUGCUUGAAUAUACUGGUUGGAUGUUUUCAUAGGCCAGGAAAAAACUGUUUUGAAGAUCUGCAAGUUUUAGGAAAGCACAAUUUUCCACUUCAAUUUGAAAAAUAUGGUAUUGGGAGAGACAGAAGCAACAGGUAGUGCAGUCUGGAAAUAAAAAGCAUUAGACAUGAUGGAAUUACAUGUGAAAUGUAUAUGGGAUAAAUAUAUCUGUAAGCAGAAAAAAAAAAGAAAAUAUUGUGGAUUACUUGAUGCUCAAGAAAUUAUUUUGCUUCUUUGUAAUGUUAAAAAUAUUUUAUUAAUAGUUCUGUAGCAGACACUACUCACAAGUCUUUGGCAUCCAAACCAGAUUGUAUAUCAGAUGGAUCCCACAACUGGAUGUGUGCACUGACCUCUUUAUUUGUAGCUUUUUAAAAAUACAUCUGGCAGCAGCCUUAAUAAAUGCAUGAAACAGCGUUCACAUCAAGCUGCUGUACAGCUCACAAUUGGUACUGUUCAUCUGCAGCCUCUCAUGAGUGAAGCGGUCAAUAUGGGCAAAACUAACCUCUUUUAGAGUUUUUCCUAAUUUUAAGGAGUUCCCAUUCCCCCUUUAGCCUUUGCUGUGUAAGCAGCCUCUAUGCUAAGAGGAUCUUUCCUUGAAGUCAGCCACUGUUCUGUAGCUUGGCUAUUUUUUCCCUAUUUUCUCUUAACUGGCAGCAUUGUGUUAAGCUCUCCCCCCCUCCCUUGUAUUUGUUGCUAUGGGGAGGAAGAGGUGAAGCAAGACGUGUGAGAGGAGGGAGGAAGAAUUGUGGGAUCUGUAUGACAGCUCCCACUUCUUCUUUGAAAUCAUCUGCUUCCAGUUGUGGGAUUUCUUGAUAUAUGAUUUUUUUUUUGUGGUUUUUGUAAGCCUAAUUUUCUUUGAUCUUGUUAGUUCCUUACAAGUCUCCCCGAGACAUUCUGCAGUCAUUAUCACCUUUUUGGGUGGAGUUUAUUUUAUUUUUGGGUUGUUUGGUUUGUUUUUUUAAAUAACUUUUUAACAUUGGUGCAUAUAUGCUUGGGAUAGAGCUCAUGUAAUUAUCCAAUCGUAUUGAUUGUAUGUGAUUGUGCCCUGCAGAGGUAUAUUUAACAAAAAAUAAAAUAAAGGAUAGUCUAGGUAAUAAAGGAGACCAUGAAAUUUGUUGA